CUGAGUUACUUGCCUGAGUGAAAGAUCCGGGUGUUUCCUCUCCCAGGUCCUGCACAAAGAUGAGGAAUCUCUUUGCAGUCACCUUGCUAAUCGCCUGCAGUCUGUCCGGAACACAGGGGAGUCUUCUGGAGUUUCGAAAGAUGAUUAAUCAAGCCACGAGAAAAAGUGCCAUCCUCAGUUAUUAUGGGUACGGCUGCUACUGCGGGUCUGAUGGCAGAGGGGAGCCAAAGGAUGCGACAGAUUGGUGCUGCCGAGCUCAUCACUGCUGUUAUAAAAGGCUAAAAGCUAGUGGAUGUUAUGGGAACAGACAGCGAUAUAGUUACACCUACAAGGACGGGGACAUCCUGUGUGCUUUGGGGAGCUGGUGCGAAGAACAGGUCUGUGACUGUGACAAGAGCACUGCUCUCUGCCUGGAAAGGAACCUGAAGACGUUCAACAGCCGCUACGUUCGCUACCGAGACAGCAAGUGCACAGGAUUCACACCCAGGUGCUCUUGGGAGCUACCCAGGGAAGAUGCUGUACACAGUUUAAUUAUCCCCAGCUCUUUGGUUGCAGUCCUGCCGUUGGCAUGCAGUAACCUGAUUCAGUUUGCGGACAUGAUUAAGCAGAUGACUGGGAAAAACGCCCUUCUGAAUUACAAUACGUACGGAUGCUACUGUGGACUGGGAGGAUCCAAACAGCCACUAGAUGCGACCGACUGGUGCUGUCAUGCCCACGACUGCUGCUACAGCAGGAUGGAGGCACGUGGCUGUAAGCCCAAAACGGAAUCCUAUUCUUACUCCAUCCAGUCGGGCAACAUAGCCUGCAGUGGGAGAACCGACUGCCAGAAGCAGAUCUGUGAAUGUGACAAGGCUGCGGCGCUGUGUUUCAAAAAGACCGCCGGUACCUACAACAAAAAAUAUCGCAAUUACUCAAACCUGCGCUGCAAGGGAACCUCUCCCCGGUGCUAGGCCCACAGCUGCCCUAGUCUCCGUGCUGUGCAGUCCCAGCCCCAUCUCUUUCCCGCGCUAGGUGCUGUUCCUUUUUCGGCAAGCUGUUCCAAGUUCCGGCAGCA